AUGAAGUCUAUGAUUGCAGUCAUCUUCUUUGCCGUUGUGGCCACAGCCAUGGCUGGAUACUUCGGAGGAUACGGUGGCUACGGCGGAUACGGCGGCUAUGGUGGUUACGGCUAUCCAGUGGGCCGCGCUUUCGCCUACGGAUCUCACAUCAAGCACGGUUAUGGAGGCUACGGGGGCUACGGUGGCCAUGGUUACGGCGGCUAUGGUGGUGGCCUUGGAUAUGGCGGCUAUGGUCACGGUGGCUACGGAGGGUACGGCUACGGCCUCGGUUACGGCGGUUACGGCCACGGUUACGGCGGUUACGGCCACGGAGGUUACGGCGGCUACGGACACGGCGGCUACGGAUACCCAGUAGGCCGCGCAUUCUCCUAUGGCACCCACGUGAAGCACCCAACAGUCGUCGGUUACGGAUACGGUCACGGUGGCUACGGUGGUCAUGGUUACGGAGGCUACGGUCACGGAGUCGUACUUGCCGGCCACGGAGGUUACGGCGGUCAUGGAUACCACGGCUAGAGGAUGGAAGUAAAUACUGCGUGUCAAUGUUGAAGAAGCUCUCACCUCAUCAACAGAUCAGCCGUUAACAAGACAGGCGCGUUGUCGCGCGCCUCUGUUGCCAAAGGAACGGCUGCUGGGGUCGAUCGAGGUAUUUAUUUCUACAAGGAACAUCUAAUAAAGCAAAAGUGUUAUUUCUGAAA